UAAACUUAUACGGAGGUUGUCAGGUGGUUACAAAUAAAAGUUAUUUUAUAAAAUGGAAGAACAAAACUUAUCUCAAAAACCAAUUCAAUCUUUCGUAGCAGGGGGAUUUGGAGGCAUUUCUCUAGUUGUUACAGGACAUCCUUUAGAUACAAUAAAAGUUCGCAUUCAAACAAUGGAAGUAAAAUCUGGUUCUACUCCUCCAUAUACAGGUUUUGUUGACUGUUUUCAAAAAGUUAUUAAAAGAGAAGGCAUAAAAGGUCUUUUCAAGGGGAUGGCAGCUCCUGUAGGCGUUAUUACUCCUGUUUACUCUUUAUGUUUUUUAGGUUAUUCUUUAGGACAGCAACUUUUUUGCGAGCAGGGCACAUACAAACAUCUAAACGAUAUAGAAAAUGUAGUUAGGAUUGGUCUUGCCGGGGCUUUUACUAGUUUAUUUACUUCACCUGUUUUGGCUCCUGGCGAACGGAUUAAAUGUAUACUGCAGAUCCAGAGUUCAGCAAAAGAUAACAUGAAAUUUAAAGGACCUGUUGGAUGCGGAAAAGCGCUUUUUACUGAAGGAGGAUUUCGCUCAUUAGCACGAGGCUUUUGCGCCACUCUUACUCGCGAUUGUGUUGGCUCUGCCUUCUACUUUAGUACUUACGAGUACUUAAAAAACUUUUUUACUCCCGCAAACGGAAAUGGGCCCACUGCUAUAGGGACGCUCAUAGCUGGCGGUUUCGCAGGAAUUAUGUACUGGAUCACUGUUUUACCUAUUGACACCCUUAAAUCGAAACUACAGAUCGCACCGCUUACGAAGUACCCUAAUGGAAUGCGCAGCGUUUUCGUCGAGAUGAUCCGAACGGACGGCCCUCUUGCGCUGUACAGAGGGCUGAUCCCCGUUGUCCUUCGCGCUUUUCCCGCUAACGCCGCCUGCUUUUUUGGUUACGAAACUGCUGUUAAGGCGCUGAAUUUUAUUGGUGUCGAUUAUUAAAUUGAAAAAUAAUUUUAAGAAA